CAAAACAAUAACACUGCUGAUUGUUGUUAGCCACAUCAUGGAGUUUCUAACACUUUGUGGUCCAACUAAGCUAUUGACCAUAGAAACAUAUAUGCCAUGGAUCAAUUUCCUUCCAGUUUAUAGAAAUUAAGCCUUAAUGUUCAUCAAUCCAGUUGUCAAUUUGCACAAAUACAAGGAUAAUUUAGGAGUAGAUACCGUGCUAAUUGAUCACACUGAUACCCGCCCACAUGUGACUGUUCAAUUAGCCUUUAACACCUCCACAAGAGAGAAACUAGGUCCACACAAAGGACUUGUCCCUGCCAGUGUGAACGCAAGGUAAAGGACCAAAAAUAAAGCCGAUCUUUCUAACAGAUACUCAGUUUAUCCAAAAAAUGUAAUGUGAAUAGUUUACCUGUACAUGUGCAGUAAAUGUAUUUUAUUACCAAACCAUUUACAUUUCUUGUAAAUUACAGUACUAGAGCUCAGCUCUGUUUACCCUAUUUACCAAUUAGCUGCCAGUGUCAGCAUGCACUGGUGACCAUUAAAAGACGGAAAAAUAACGUUUUAAAACACUAUAUAGACUCGUCCAUACCAGAACAUAAAUUUGGCGAGAGUUGUGGCCAAGACUGAGAACAGUAGUGUUGUUGUCAAGACCGCUAGAGUCAGAGUCGAGACAAAGCGUGAAACCAGAUUAAGAUAAAAAAAUUAAAAAAAAAAUCAAAUUCCAUUCAUUUUUAUUCUAAAAUGUAAAAAACAAUCAUAAUUUACCCUCAAACAGCUCAUCACUAAGGUUAGCUAGCUUGUUGCUAAGUUUAGCUAGCUCAUCACUAAUGGUAGUUCUCUCCUCGGUAGCAUUAGUAUUUUAGCUUGUCAUUAAGGUUAGCUAACUUGUCGCAAAGGUAAGCUAGCUCUUCGCUAGCUUCAGUCUCCUUCCCAGUUACAUUAGUGUGUAUUUUAGCUUGUUGCUAAGGUUAAUUAGCUCGUCACUAGCUUCAGUUCUGUCCCAGGUUAUAUCGGUGUUUUAGCUUGCUUGUCACCAAGAUUAGCUAGCUUGUUGCUAGCUUUAGUUCUCUCCCCAGUAACAUUAGUAUUUUAGUUGUUAGCUUGUAGUUAGCUUGUUGCUAUGGUAAGCUAUCCCACUGCUAACAUUAGUUAACUCGCUAGUUUGCACAUACUUCUUUAUGUGCUUUCUGUCUAGAUGUCUGGAAAAAUUAAUCAUGGUCACCGAGGACACAAUGAUUUACUUAACCAAACUCCAGCAAGACUGAAAGAGAGCACUUAACAUCGGACUAAUUCAAAAUGAAAAGUGCAUGGAUUGGAUACUAAACGAAAGCGGGAGUAGCUUGUUUUUCGCUGUUAGCCAAUCUGUCUGCUGGUUUUAGACACAGAAAAAGGACUGCUAUGGUCUGUUUGAAUGAAUUGGUGAUGUUUAGUAAUGAUAGAAAAAAAAGUUCAGUUUUUUAAUGAACUUCAAUUCAGACAGAGGACUUGGACCGGUCGGUCUACAGUCUCAGAGCAUGGGCGUGGUAGUCGGGGGGGAAAAGUGGACCAGACUACCCAGGGCCCGAGUAGGGAGAGGGGCCCAUGAAAAUCCUGGGAGUUUUUUUCUCGCUCACGUUCCUUGUGUGCUGGCAUGGAUAGGGGCCCACUGACAUUGAGAGUGUACAGGGCCCAGAAUUUGCUGCUCUGCCCCUGCUCAGAGUCCAUCUCACCCUGAGACCGAGAAAAACUCGAUUCCAAACGAGAUCAAGUCCAACAUGAGACUGAGACUGCUCGUUUUUGGUCUCGAGACAGAGACCGGACUCAAAUACGACAAUACUAGAGUAGAGCACAACUAAAUACACUAACAAUAGCUGGCUGACUAAUGACCGAUAAGAUGACAUUGGCCAUUGUACACUAAUAUUAGACUUGCCUGGAAAAAAAUUCCUGCAACCAACAAACACCUCAUAAACAAACCCAUGGAGUCAUCUAGCUUACUCCAUAGUACAGAUGCCAGUCUUCAUUUCUAAGUGUAUACACUAAAUUGUUGGACAUGAAAAGUCAGUAUGAAGGAGAGAAAUUUGAUGGAAAAUGGGCAGGGCUGGUUUAGUCAUUGAUACAUGUAAGGAUGGGCGGAGCUACACAUUAUACUGCAACCAGCCAGCAGAGGUGCUAGACAUGUGGUGGCUUGUCUCUUAAAAGUACCCAACCAUAUGCAAUCUAGUGAUCAUCUUAAUGGAAGGUUUUUUUAGAAGGGACAAACUGCAGGUGUUUAAAUAUCACAGGGGAAAACUAUGUUGGUGUUUUUCACACUUUUGUUUGUGAUAAAAAUAAAGUGCAACUCUAAAUAUAACCUUACAUGUUGACUUAAACGUGUGUGGGUGGUAUUGGUAAGAUUUAGAAAGUAUAUUCAGUAGCUGGUUGGCUUCAGUGUGGAACAUGCUUUCCUCUACCUUCCUGACUGCAUUACAGUUGACACCAGCACACAGUUAGUGCUUUACAAACCUCCUGUUAUGAAGGAUUGGGCUGUAAAAUAAAAAUAACUUUUAAUUAAUUCUUAAUACCUAAAUUUACUUAUUUAAACCUCUUUUUUAUUUGAGCAUUUAUAUGUUUCAAAAGAGGCUAUCAAAGUGUGACUACUACUUUUAUUGUUUGCCCCUCCCUUCAUCUUUUUUAUAUUAAGGAAAGCUUACAUGCAUCACCUUUAUGAAAAAUCUAAUUUAGUAGCUGACAGAUACAAUUACAAAUUUUAUGUAGAAUGGAUGGAGAGUGUUUGUGAACAGCAAUUUUCAUAUCUUAACACCUGUUAAAAGAAUGCUUAAUUAAUUUAAGUCUACGUGAUGAACCGCAGCGUUUAAAUAAUAAUUAAUCUAAUCUAAUUCUGAGUUUUGGUCUAUGAUAUGAUCGAUUAACUGGAUCAAAGUCCCUCCAGGAGGAAUCCUGGAGUCAAAAGGUUUAAAGACGCGCAGGAGCCGCAGACCCGGUGAAGAUAAGCGGUGAGAGGGAGGAGAAGAGGCGGGGCGGGGAGGCGGGGAGAAGAGGCGGAGAGAGGGAGAACUCGAAAAAAAAUGAGAAGAGAGGUUUCACACUGAGUGAGACACAGAGCGCAGCUCCACAGACCUGCCCUCUGGCCCUUUACUGAGCCUAAAAUUACUGAUAUUAUUUUCUUAUCAGUCAGUGUUCACUCAUUUUAUAGUCUCCAAACCGUUAUAUUUUCUUUUAUUUGAUCUUUUAUUAAUUUAUUUUUGUUUUGUUUUGUUUUAUCAGAUUAGUUUUACAACUUUUUUAGAACUGACUGGAUCGGAAACAGCAUGGGAUCACUUUUUUUUAUACAUUUUCUCCAGAACUGUUCACCCGGACUCUGAACAGACAGGGACACUCUUGAACCUAAAUGUGAGGUAACAAGCAUUAUCACCACCACAUGUCACUGCUUUAUUGAGGCUGGCUGGCUCCAGAAAUCAAAGCGAGAGGGGCACAUAUUACAUGAGGGUUAGAGACCCCAGAGUGACUCUCCGCUGGAGCUUCUCCAACCCAUCCCUCCCCCCCGUCCCAAACGGCUGUUCGACCGAGACUCAGGAGAUCCGGAAAGAGGACUGCGAGAAGGUCAGCAAAGAUGACUGGGGGCCACGUCGCAAAUACUUCAGGAGGGAAAGCAAGACCAUCUAGAUAUUUGCUAUUGUGAUUCGCAGGGCAGCACCACACCUUGUCUUAAAGCCUCAGGUCACACCCUCACACCUGGUCCAAGAGAAAGUUACUCAAAGCACUCAGAGUGGUAGGUUUCUACCUGCACCUCAGGGCUCUCCGUGACCCAGCUAUGAGUGCUGCUGCGAGUUCACACCAGCGGACGACACCCACCUCUCCGCCAGCAUGGUGAGCAAGGUCUCUGUGAUUUACAUCUCCUUGGAGCUGCUGAUCGCACUGCUGUCUGUGGUUGGAAAUGUGCUGGUCUGCUGGGCCGUGUGCCUCAACAGCAACCUGCAAAGCAUCACCAACUUCUUCGUGGUGUCCCUGGCCUUGGCCGACAUUGCCGUGGGGCUACUGGCCAUCCCCUUCGCCAUCAUCAUCAGCACAGGCUUCUGCAGCAACUUCCACGGCUGCCUGUUCAUCGCUUGCUUCGUGCUGGUGCUCACACAGAGCUCCAUCUUCAGCCUGUUUGCCAUCGCCGUGGAUCGAUAUAUCGCCAUCAAGAUCCCACUGAGGUACAACAGCCUCGUGACCAGCCAGAGAGCCAAGGGUAUCAUCGCAGUGUGCUGGAUUCUAUCAGUGAUCAUCGGACUGACUCCAAUGCUGGGUUGGAACAUGCGGACCACGAAUGCGACCAGCAGCUCCUGUCCCGCCGGCAUGACGGAGUGUCUGUUUGAGAAAGUGGUCACCAUGGGCUACAUGGUUUACUUUAACUUUUUUGGCUGUGUCCUCAUGCCGCUGUUGGCCAUGCUGGUUAUCUACGCACGGAUAUUUAUGGCUGCCCGCCACCAGCUCAGGCAGAUGGAGCUGAAGUUGUCGCAUGGACAUUCUCACAGCGAUGGCUCCUCCUCCCGGUCUACGCUGCAGAGGGAGGUUCACGCGGCCAAGUCCCUGGCCAUAAUAGUGGGCCUCUUUGCCCUGUGCUGGCUGCCUUUGCACAUCAUUAACUGUUUUACACUGUUCUGUCCCAAAUGUGCCCGCCCCCCAGUCUGGAUCAUGUACCUGGCCAUCAUUCUUUCGCAUGCCAACUCAGUGGUGAACCCCUUUAUCUACGCCUACCGCAUCCGAGACUUCAGGCACACUUUUCGCAGGAUCAUCCGGCAGCACGUACUCGGACAGCGGGACCGGCUGCGCAGCGGAAGCUUGGCUGUGGGAAACUUCACUACCUCCAUUGGGAUUAGCGUUGUGGAUUCCUCGUUUGCUGCUGUCUCUAAUGGCAACGUGCUGAACCACAGUCCCGGUCCCAAUUCCAGUCCAGGUAAUGACCAUGGGAUGUUCAGGGAAAUACAUUCCACAGGUAUUCAGUGGAAUCCAAGGUCAGACCUCUCAGAUACAGAACACAGCACCAAUGGGCAUCACCCAGUAGAGCAUGCCCUUUCUGCCCAGUCAAGAAAGCUUUGCUCGCUGGGUUCCUCUGCUCAGACUGGUGAGGAUCUUUCCUCUUUUAAAAGAAACUCUGAAAUCAUGGUGGUGAAAGACUGUAGCAUAGUCACCAAUGUAAACUUCUGCUCACUCGCCACAAGGUCGAAUCACUCAGUUGAGCUCACUGAGGUUUCAUGACACACUCCAUUGUGUGUUUAACUGCUGCAUAACCCUGUGCAUCGCAUUUCUCAUUAGACCUAAACACAGCCUACGCAUCUGACAGGGUCACUGACUUUUCCCAAAUCAGGAUGUUGUUGAUGUAAGGGUGACCUAAUUCUCGUCAGUGUCUGGAGCCGGAUAUGGCAAAGGCAUCCGUACCUGCUCUGUGUCUGUGGGAACUGAGUGAUCAUGCCUAUUAAAUUCCAAUAUAUCUGUGGAACUGUUGUUAUCUGAUGAAUGGAUUAAAUGCAGAGCGAGUGCACUCCCAAUGUCACACACAAAAACACAAUCCAACGGGUGUGAAUGAGAUUAAAGGGAAAUUGCACCAUUUUUUAAAUAAAUAAAUACUUAAAGAUUCAGUA